AUGUCAAGACGAUCUUCAAAUCUUUGGCAAGAUGAAAUUUCCAUUCAUAAUGAUAAUAUUCGUUUUGCAUUUAUGUUUACUCUAUUUACAUUAUUGGCAUUUUUAACAACAAUAGUUUUAUUUAUUUUUGCUAAUAAUUCUUAUCGUAAUCAAUCAGAAAUAUUUCAACAUCAUUUUAUACAUUAUUGUAUACUUGCAUUAAUUAGUCUUAUUUUAUUUCUCAUUUUUUUAAUCGGUUCAUUUAUUUAUAUAAGUAAAUCUAUACGAAAAUCAUCUUAUAAAUCAUCAUCAAAUCUUUCAAUACCUUUAAUAUAUACAAUAAUAAAACCUUCAUUAUCAAAUUUAGUUAAUCAUAAAACAAUAAUCAAGACUAAGAAUAUAUCUUAUGAUCAUUAUCAAACGGAUGUAUAA